GCACGUCCGACGCCAGUUUGUCGGGGGUCGAACCAACGUUAACAUCUUGCAUCGGGUGCGUCCGGCUUUCAACUAAAUAACCAACACAUUACUGUACGUUUUCUACAUAAAUAUUUAACCCCCGUGUUUUUUUUUUUUUACAUUCAAGUGUUUGUGUCUACCGGGUUAAUUAGUUCCUUGUCACUUCGUCUUUUUGUUUAAUUUAAAAAUUUAUAAAUUUUUCCACCCACUAAUUCUGUUUUUUUUUUAUGUGCGGAAUUAAAUAAUAAAAAGUUUAUGGGAAAAUUUAAUUUGCUGUCGGUUACAAUUACAGGCGACUUGCAAACAUCAGCGAUUAAGUGGGCGGACUAUUCUGGUUACUACUUGACCGCAUUAAGUAGUGUGAUAAAUGUGCGGGGAAACGUCAACACUAAAACAGAGAAGUCUAUUAACAAUUCUCGACAUUUGUUCGAGUAAGAAAAAUUUUUUUUUUAUAGUAAAUUGAAAGCUAGAUUUAUUUUAUUUUAUUUUUUUCAUCCAUUAUUAUUUUAAACUAUUUUUAAAAUUUUUUUUUAUCGUUGACCCGCUCGAGCACGUUUCCGACUAGAAUAUUUCCAGUACGUGCCUAACGCGAAUUUAACGAAGCAAAUUUUAACAAUUUUUUUUACUUUUAUUAAUUUUAUUGUUGUACACUUUUUAACUUUUUUUACUUCCUGUUUUUCGCUCAAUGAACUUACAAUUAAACUUAAAUUAAGCAAUAAUUGAUGAACUGAGUAACGGAUUAUUAGUGAAGUGAGUGACAGUUACAAUCGGGUGUCAAGUUAUGAUUUCGAUUGAUAGAUAAACCGAAAGUUUAAUUAUAAAAUUAUUGAGACUGUAUUUAGUCUUAACUGGGGUCUUACUGGGUGUCUUUAAACUACGGGAUUAUCAUAAACUUUGAGUGUAUUAUUAAAGCUGUGACAAUGAGAGAGAGAAAGAGAGAGCUGGUAAGAGCGAGAGAGUGUUAUAUAGACAGAGUAACUUCGAUUACUGUCAACAGCAGACAAAACUAGAGGCCAGCAAAGAUGAAGAGCUCGUGCAAACAGCAAAGGGGAGGGUUUAUUAAAGCAUUUAUUCGCGAGCAUAUCUACUACCACGUUUAUCGUGACAUCAAGAAUACCAACAGCAUCACCAGGACUACUAACAUCAACAGCAACACCAACACCAGCCAGUCUAAUAACGUCCCCAUGUAAAAGACCCCGGUCUCUUUAGAGACGAUAAGGAUUUCCCUGCGAAGAUCAACAGUAAAAAAUCUGCGGGGCUACUCGUACAUAUUUGAGUUGUUUUUAAAGAUGAGCGGACUAGAGGUGAAAUGAAGAUAUCACGAUCUAGGCGGAUAAAGAGUUGCAAGUCGGAGCUAGGAUGAUGACGGUUUUAUAAACUAGGUGGAAUAAGUACGUGGAAAAUAUUGAUCUUGGUGCCUUGGGAGAUGGGAGAUAAAUAAAGUCGAGGCUUAAGUUACGAAAGGACGAGGGCAUAAAAAAUAGUGAUGAAGAAAAAUGGCGAGAAGAGAUGAGAAAGAUGUCAAAGAAGCAAUCAAAGUUCCACCAGAUUGCUAUUCAAUUAAUAAAUUUUUACGGACAACAAACACGCGAGGCUCAAUUUAUCGGUGAGUUGUUAGCUCGAGAAUGCCCGGAAAUGAGAUAUGCGAAAAAAAUAAACUGCCAGCUAUUUUGAUAAAAUGUAGCUUACAAAGGAAAAAAUAAACGUGUGAUUAUAUAAGAAAAUAAAGUUAUUGGAUUUAAUCGGCUUAGCAGAGGAUCAAAAUUUAUCGACGAGAAGCAAUAAUAAUAAGUAUAAAAGUCUAUUGUAGGCAGAUGAAAUUCACUUGAUGGUUGAAUUUAAAUGAGUUGAAUGUCUUAGAAGAAUUAGCAUUAAAACCAGGAAGCUGGAAACUUUAGGAAACUGAUUCAGUAGCCGAGUAUUUUGUGGUAUCGAAAAGGUAAUCAGUGUCGAAGGGGUGAGUACGGGCUGACAAGAGGGAACGGCCUUUCUCAGUAACCUAGACACUCCUGAAUGCUGCUGAUGCUCGUCAGACUGGUGCUUCUAAAGGGAAGAAGUGGGUGGUGAGAAGGUGCCGGGCACACCGAGUACUCGGUCCUGGUUGCCGGUAGUACGGCCUAACCAAAGUUCGGCUAUUUGCCUUUCAAAACGCUGACUUGAUAAUGGCCCGUGCGCGCUAACUUUCAGCCACAAUCUGCUGGCAUAUCUCGUCGUGAGAGAAACUCCAGAGCCCUGGAGCAGCCUCCACCCCAGCAGACUUUCGACGAGAUCCCUCUGUCUACAGAAUCUCAUUUGCGUUGGAAGCUAUACCUCCUGUUAGAUUAACAAAUAAAAAAGAUAAAUUCGUGUAAUUAGCUAAAUUCUUUUAGCCGCGGGAUUCGAUUGGAUUGCAGUGAUUAAUUGGAUUAAGUAUUGUUAUUAUUGUUGUUGUUAUUGAUAACGAUAAUGAUGAUGAUGAUUAAGUUGACAGCAGUUAAAGUGUGCUGAUAAUUAAUGUGAAUUUAAAACAAAUAAGUAAAAAUGAUGUUCACGUGGGUGUUAGUGGCCGUGUUGGCUUUGCAGCCAAUUAUAAUAAUAGAAGCCGCGCUUAAUUCGCGAGUGGUUAGAACUAAAUACGGUGAAAUAUCUGGUGUGAUUGUAACUCUUGAGCGUAAUCUCGAGGGCGUGGAGGUAUUCCGCGGCGUACCGUACGCCUCGCCACCGGUCGGCUCGCUGAGAUUUAUGCCGCCAGUCAAUGGGGCGCUGUGGCAAGGUGUUAAAAUAGCCGAUAAGUUUAGUCCGGUGUGUCCUCAGAAACUGCCGAACCUAACAAACGAGAUGCCGAGAGGCAGAGUCGAGUACCUUAAGAGAUUACUACCCUACUUGCGUAAUCAGAGUGAGGAUUGUCUGUACCUCAACAUCUACGCGCCUGUUCAAGCUGGCGCCCGAGACGGCGCCAACCGCAGAUACCCGGUGAUCGUCUUUGUCCACGGGGAAAGCUACGAAUGGAGUAGCGGUAAUCCUUAUGACGGCAGUGUACUUGCAAGUUAUGGCGGUGUCGUUGUCGUCACCAUCAACUACCGGCUUGGCAUAUUAGGGUUCCUAAAUGCCAACACGGAUUCGCACUUACGCUCGCCGGCUAAUUAUGGGCUGAUGGAUCAGAUAGCGGCUCUACAUUGGGUCCAAGAGAAUAUCCUCUAUUUCGGGGGUGAUCCCAGUAAUGUUACCUUAGUUGGACACGGGACUGGGGCUGCGUGCGUUAAUUUUCUCAUGGCCAGUCAUGCUGUACCUGAUGGUCUUCUGUUUCAUCGGAGCGUCCUGAUGUCAGGCAGCGCGUUGUCACCCUGGGCAUUGGUCAGAGGGGCUGCGUCUUAUGCGAUGCAAGUCGCUAAAUAUUUGAAUUGCACGGCGGUGAGCCAUGAUCCCCAGUUGUUGCUCCGAUGUCUGAGAGCCGUCCCACUGGAAAAUCUCUUGUCCGUUCCUGUCGAGGGACUGGCUUUUGCCCCGGCCUUUGGACCUAGUAUUGACGGCGUUGUCAUUGAUCCCGGAGAUCCUGAGGAUUUAGACUACACGCUCCAAGUUGACACUAUCAAUACACUCAAUAAUAUUCUACUCCGGAAGGAUGUUGUUGCUAAGCUCAGCAGAUAUGAUCUCAUGGUCGGGGUAGUACGGACGGAGUCAUAUUUUUCACUGACAUCCGACGAUUCUCAGUACGGAUUAGAAGCAGAUCGUCGGACGAAAAUAUUACGAGAGUUUGUGAGAAAUACUUACACGUAUCAUCAGCCAGAAAUAUUGGCAACUAUUAUUAAUGAAUACACUGAUUGGGAGAGACCUAUACAACAUCCAGCGAGUAUAAGAGAUGAAACCCUUGAAGCGUUGGGUGACGCCAAUACUGUGGCGCCGGCAACCAAAACCGUUGAUCUCCACAGCCAAUCUCAUAGAAAUUCUUAUUUGUAUGUUUUUGAUUACCAAACUAAAUUUGGAGAUUAUCCUCAGAGACUAGGAUGUAUUCACGGCGAAGAACUUCCAUACUUCUUUGGAGCGCCAUUAGUGGGUGGUUUAGCUCACUGGCCAAAGAAUUAUACAAGGGCUGAGAUAACGUUGUCUGAAAGUGUUAUAUUAUAUCUUACAAACUUUGCUCGUACUGGAAAUCCAAAUGAAGGGACUCCGGAUACUGGACCAGGAGGUAGUCGACCUGAGCGAACGAAAUUAAAAAAUAUACUCUGGACGGCUUAUGAAGCCGUACAUAAAAACUAUCUCAAUCUUGACACUAAAUCAAAGUUAAAAAAUCAUUACCGGGCACAUAGAUUAUCCUUUUGGUUGAAUUUAGUCCCGGAUCUUCAUAAACCUGGUGGCGAUGACGUACCACGUUCUCAUCAUUUAUUAGACGCUGAACAGGUCCCACCGCGUUUUAUACAAAGGAUACCGACGACAACAAAAUUAACUACCAUUGAAGUAACAACCGAACGCAUACCCAACACGACGACGACACCAUCGAGUGAAUUAACGCUCGAAGAAACAACACCGCAGCCUGAGGACGGUUUCGCGGCGUACUCGACCGCCCUCAGUGUGACAAUAGCCAUCGGUUGCAGUUUAUUAAUACUAAAUGUCCUGAUAUUCGCGGGUGUUUACUAUCAGCGUGACAAAAACCAGCACCAUUGUCCGAAAAAACGUCAAGAGAACGGACAAAUGCCGAACAAUAUUUGCGGGGAAUUAGAGACCAAAACAUCAGACCGUCAUCACAUCCAGCACAUGCCGCCCCCGGACUUUGCGGACUUGCAAAACAAUUCAUGUCUCGUGCCCAUGCCGCCCCCGCCUCCAAAAAACACAAAACCCUCGAAGCCACAAGCGGGACAGAAUUUAAUAAUGAGUCCAAAUCAACUCCAACAGGAGAAUAUGCCCAUGUCUGCUGUGGGAACUCUGAAAAAGGGACAAAAUCACCAGCAGAUUAUGGAGGAACUGAGAGUCUGACUUUAGGACAACAGCUCGUCGAGCUGUUCUCGGAUUAUUUCAACUUCAUCCUUCUACGGAUAAAUAAAUAACGAAAAGUAUGAGGAUAAAUCUUAAUACUGCCAGAGGAAAUUUAAAAAAUAAAUAGCCUUCAAUCCCAUUGUAUGGAUCCACAAUAAUCUUCUAUUCGUACACCGACACUGCGAAUAAUUAAUGAAAUUUUUUUUAUCCAGCCACGUUAUUUGUGGGCACGUACAUGAAACGUAUAUAUAUAUAUAAAUAUAUAAAUAUAAAUGCAUAUGUAGACUCGCGGGUGGUUACAAUAAAAAUUUUAAAUAUUUUGUAACCCAGAGCGAUAACUUUGUACAGUUAUUUACGAUAAAUGUAAACAUUUGUUAGCAAUUGAAGGAAUAAUUAAUAAUUUUUUCGACAUCAGUCCACAUUGUGUAUUAUAAUAAAAAUAAUAAUAAUAAUAAUAAUAAUAAUAAUAAUAAUAAUAAUAAUAAUACUAAUAAGUAAUGAGUGAGUGAAAUAUAAAUUAAUUUUAAAACGGAUGACUGGAUAAUAAAUAAAAUAUCAGAGCAAGUGCACAAGUUAAUUUAGAUAAAUAAUUUUUUAAUAAAUAUGAUAUUGUAAUUAGUUGGGGUAAUAAGGUCUUACAUUGGGUUGCUAUGAAUUUUUUAAUUGUCAUAUUACAGUAUAUUUAAAUAUAUAAAGAGUUUGUUGUUGAUAUUAAAUUAUUAUUAUUCCAAUUAUAUAAAUUAAUUAAAUUAAAAUAAAUUACCGGUGGAAAUUGUUAAUGAAUUUAAAAUUUAACGAGUUAAAUCUGGUUUAUAAUAAAUUAAUAUAUUACUGUAAUAAUUAUAUAUAUAUGUUAUUAUUAUUAUUAUAAUUAUUAUUAUUGAAAGUAUUUAUAUUUUAAAUUUAAAAGCACAGAGUGUGCCGAUGCUCAAAAUUAAUGAGACAUUCAUCCAUAAAAUACAGAUACUGCCAGAUAAUAUUAUUAUGGAGAAUAAUAAUAAUAAUUAUUAUAAUAAUAAUAAUAAUGAAGAUAAAAAAUAUGUAAAUUAAUAAUGUACAGGCAGUAAAGUGCAAUAAUUGACUAAUUAAAAUAAUAAUUAUUUAAAAAAAAAUUUUAAAUAGUUUUUAGCGGGAAAAAAAAAUUUUAAAAAUAAAAGCGGCAAAAUUAAUAUUGAUCUCAGUUAUUAAAUAAGUAAAAUAUGAAGAACGACCGGCACAUUCAUAUUAAAUAAACGGACUGUGUUUAUUAUUCUGUACGAUCUGACGGUAAUUUAAAUAGUUAAUUAUGAACCAUAGAUAAUUAUUGUAAAUAACAAAGAAAGAACAAAGACUAAGUGAAUAACAAUAAUUCACGGUGAAUGGAUGGUAUAAAAGACAAUUAGAUGAUACUCUGUAAUAUAUAUUAUAUAUGUGAGGAACGAAAAUAUUAAGUAAUGUAAUUUAAUAAUAAAGUAAUUAGUGAUGAGUGAGCGAGAAUGUCGGAUUGAAUAUAAAACGAAUAAGAGAAAAUGAGAUUUAAAUUUUAAAUUUGUAUAUAAUUGGUAAUAUAAUAAAGUAUGUAAACCUAUCAAAUUGUAUUGUUUCAGUAUUUAUGAUUCAUUAUUUUUUUUUUUUAAUCAAUAAAUUGUAAAUCUUGAAAAUGGAAAAUCACUUGUUUUGUUUUAUUUAUUUUAAGGAAUUUGUGGAUAAUAAAAUUUGAGGAUC